AUGAAGCCGACGCUUAGACGAGCUCCACGUGAGGCUGGUUCGCGGUUGUUUCGGACCGAUGAGGCAAGCGCUGGCGACGGGGAGGCGCGCGCGGGCGUGGGCGGGCUGGGGUCCGUGAGAUCGACGUUCCGGGCGCUGCAUAUCGUGCUGAGGGGGUCGUGUCGGCGUUGGGAGCGUGCAGAGGCAUCCGAUGAAGCCGACGCUUAG